AUGGGUUGCGCUAACAGCAAGGAUAACAAAACAAUAACACCUAUAAAACUCGAAGAAAGCAACUUAUCUUCAUUAAAAGCUGGAAGUCCUCGAGCCCUAUUAAAUGUUCAUUCAACAAAUCCCUUAGAAAACUAUGAAAAUUUAUAUUCUAUUUCAAGUCGAAAUGAUUCUGAAAUAUUUCGGUGUACAGAGAAAUUAACAUCUAUGCUCAGAGUGCUAAAGAGGAUUUCAAAGAAAAGGCCUCCUACUCAGUUGACUAUAAUUCCAGAAGAAUCCAAAGAAAUUAAAGUCUGAAGGCUGCUUGAUCACCCGAAUCUGCCAAGAUGCUAUGGACUUUAUGAAACUGCAGAUGAAUAUUAUAUAGCUAUGGAAUUCUGUGAGGGAAAAGAAAUAAUUAAUAAAAUUGUGGAGUAUAAAGAAUUCCCUGAAGAAAAAGUUUCAAUUAUUAUGCGGCAGCUUCUAUCAACAGUGGCUUAUCUUCACAGUAAACGAGUAGUCCAUAGAAAUAUUGAGCCUAGUCACAUACUACUACAGGAUGAUUGUGGAAUGCAAAUUAAAUUAGUCGGCUUCGGUAAAGCCGCUUUUUAUAGUGGCCAAAAGUUCAAAGGAGAACAAGGGAAUUCUUAUUUUAUGGCGCCCGAAAUGAUACGUGGGAACUAUAGUGAAAAGGUUGAUGAAUGGAGCUGUGGAAUGAUAUUUUAUAUCCUUCUAACAGGGAAUAUUCCUUAUGAAGGCAAAUCUGAGGCAGAAAUUAUAGAAGAAAUUAAAAUCAAGCCUUUUCAGUUGAAUACCAAAGCGCUAAAAGGAGUCUCCCCUCAAGCGAUUUUACUACUACGGCAGCUCUUAGAAGUUGACCCACUUGCCAGAAUUUCUGCCUCCAUUGCGUUAACGCAUCCUUGGAUAAUGCAGGCAGCCCCAAAAGUUUCUUCUGGGGUCACCGACAUCAUUUCUAAGCUUCGAAAAUAUCAAAAGCACUGCGGGUUUUCCCAAGCUGUUUCAAAUUUUGUAGUCCAAUCCUUAUCUUUAGAUGAGGAAAAGGAAAUCGUCAAAGCUUUCCAAGUUUUUGACACAAAUGGUGACGGAACCAUAAGCAAAGCUGAGCUUCUCGCUGGGUUUUCUAGAGCUGAAGGCAUAAAAAAUGCCCAAACUGACGUAAACCGACUUAUAAGCAAAGUAAAUGAGCUAGGAGAAGCUAUCACUUAUUCUGAGUUCUUAAAUUUAUGUUUAGAACAGUCUAAAUUCACCUCAAGAGAAAAUUUACUCGAAAUUUUCCAAAAAUUAGAUAAAAAGUCCCAAGGAAAAAUUUCUGAAAAUGACCUGAAAAAAGCUCUUGACUAUAAAAAUAAUGUGUCUAAUGAGGAUUGGCAAAAUAUGAUGAAAGAAGCUGAUGUGAAUAAAGAUGGGUACGUUGAUUUUGAAGAAUUUGUGGCGUCCAUGAAUAAAGGAAUAAAAAGUGAUAAUUAA